UUUCCUCCCCGGACAAAUCCGCCAUGGAUUGAACAGCCAAAAUUAUCACCUUAUGUUACUUGACUUGUUUUUCUCACGUGACUUAUUGUCACUACUUAUACAGUUAGCAAGUGAAAACACCCAUGAGUUUUAUGUGAACCCCCACGUUCUUGACCAUCUCAACGUAACCAAGCCGCGUAUUGUGUUUGGUUUGUGUGACAGAUGAGCGUCAUCGACUUGUCUGUGGACGAGCUGUCACCUCAAGAGGAUGAACAACCAGCGAUGUAGCUCUUUAUUCCUGAAAAUACGAGGACAGAGGAGGAUUAUACAAUGUAUUUAUGUGGUGGGAUUCAUGGACUUGUUUGGGGUGAGCAUGAUUAUCCCUCUGCUGAGUCAUCAUGUGAAGGCCCUCGGAGCAAGCCCCACUGUGGCUGGCAUUGUGGGGUCCACGUAUGGAGUCUUGCAGUUCUUUUCAAGCACGCUUGUUGGCAGCUGGAGCGAUGUGGUGGGGCGCCGGUACUCCCUCUUGACCUGUCUGCUGCUUAGCGCUCUGGGCUAUGGCCUUCUGGGGAUGUCUACAAGCAUUGCUCUAUUUGUCCUCGCACGGAUACCCGUGGGGCUGUUCAAGCACUCGCUCUCCAUCUGCAGAGCUUUGCUGUCUGACCUGGUGUCGGAGUCAGAGCGCCCUCUGGUGAUGGGACACUUUAAUGCAGCCUCCAGCGUUGGCUUCAUCCUGGGACCUGUGGUGGGGGGGUAUCUUACCGAGCACGAAGGAGGGUUUUACACGUCCUCUUUUGCCUGUGCAGCUAUCUUUCUCAUCAACGCUGGUUUGGUAUGGAUGCUUCCGUGGAGCGAGGCUUUAGUUGACCGGAAUGGAACUAACCACAGCAAUAAUAGUUCUGAAAGUUGUCAUGACAACCACUGCAGGAAGUCUGUCCCCAAUGGCACUCAUGUAAAAAAUAAACAGCCAGUGUUGUCAGCGGACUAUAAGGUAUGUUCCAAAGCAUCGGGGUGGGACUUCCACUGGUGGAGGGGGCUGUCCCUGCUGCAGCCUGCCUGGAGACAAGUGUCCUCUGUGGGCUCCAAGAUCCACAUGGUGGCGUCCUCUGACAUGUGGGAUGUCUUCCUUGUCCGUCUCCUGAUGGCCAUAGCCAUCAUGCUGUACUACAGUAACUUCUCUCUGGCCUUGGAGGAGCGCUUCGCACUUAAACCAAAGGUGACCGGGUAUCUGAUAAGCUACAGCAGCACUUUAGGGGCCCUGGCUGGGUUUCUGGUGGGGCCAGUCACACAACUGUAUAAGAAUAACAUGCCUGCACUACUGCUUCACUCCACCGUGCUCACCUGUUCCCUCAUCUUCCUGUAUGCUGCUGCACCCAGCGUGUGGCAGGUGCUGCUCACCUCCACUUUCUUCGCCAUUUCCACCACCAUCGGGCGCACUUGCAUCACCGACCUGGAGCUGCAGAGGGGGGGUGUCCAGGCCAGCGGGACUCUGAUUGGAGCGGGACAGUCUGUCACCGCCGUGGGGCGAGUCCUGGCCCCUCUGCUCUCUGGUCUGGCCCAGGAGUUUAGCCCUUGUGGCCCCCCAAGCUUGGGAGUGGUGCUGGCUCUGGCGGCGGUAGGUUUACUGCUAAACAGAAUUCCCAGAUGGGACAGGAGAAGGGUGGCGGGAACAACCAAGCUCUGACGUGCACAGCCCGAACUGAUAUGAAGGAAGUGCUCUUAUUUGCAGCAGGCAGCUGUGGAGAUCUUCAGACUCACGGAAGAAGCAGGUGUUUCUUAAACAUGGCUACCUCCACCGAGUGAAUCUGUUGAUGAAAAGGCUUCAUCACUACAGGCCCUGCAGACCCUCUUCCGUCAGAGCAGCAGGAUCUGAAAUCAACUGCAACUGCUGUGAGGACAGGCCUGUGGAGCUACUCUAUAUGCAAAAGGUGAACCAGAUACUACCAGCUUUGUCUUUGCACAUCAGUUUAGCAAGAGAGACAAUGUAAACUUUGUUUGAAAAUGUUUUUUUUUGUAACCACUACAUAUUGCAAAUUCCAUUAAAUCACAGAUGUCAGCUGUGCACUUAAACUGGAGAGCGGCUGAUUUAAUAAAAAACAAUAAGAUGCAGAUGUACUGCCAGAAAUUCCAGAAGAAAGAAUGAAACAUGGAAAAAAUGUAGAUGGCCUUAUUACUGCUGUACUGUUUUGUCCUAAUCUUUUUUAUACCACUUUUUUUCACUGCUUUGUGCAUGAUAAAUAAUUUCUGGGGUUAUUUCCAUUUGUAUAGAUGCAGCAGGAAUAAUUUAUGUGGGUGAUUUUAUUUUUCUAGGUGUGGAUUUAAGCACUUUCAACUACUUUUACAGCACUUGACUAUGAAGAAAUGUCGGUAACUUCCAAACAUUCAUUUAAAAGUUUAUACAAUGAAGCAAAAAA